GGCUCACGUUACCAUGGCUGUAAGGGGCGCUCCUUUCCCCUUUUUGAUCAGGUUGGUUGCAACUUAGUUGACCUGGAAAGCAAAUAGCCAUUUAUGGAAUCAACCACAACAACAAAUGCGUAAUUGCGCGCACGGACUGAUUGCAAUGCUUGGCUGCCCGAUUCAUUACAGCCGCUGAAAGUUUCUGAAUGGGAGAAGAAGAUAGCUGAAACCUGAGAGCUUUCGUAUCAUUACCGCUCUGGUCACUCGGGAGUCUAUUGAUCCAGGUUUCCAAAGUGCAGAGGAGUAGAAUAACAGGUGGAAAUGAAAAUGUUCAAUUGAUAAGCGCGGGUCAGUAGCCCGGAGAGGCGUCUAUCGGCUGCAUGUCUGCUUUCCAGCACAUACUUCGAGCAGGUUUAUUUUGUUUAGAAGGGUCUUCCAGUAUGCGGCGGUCGGCAGUGAGGGGGGACGCUGGCGUCUUCUCACAGCACUUCAGUGGAUUACACAAACUUAAUGAUGACUACAUUUCUCAGUUGGUUCGUCGCCUUGAGGAACUCGACAUCUCCAGAGGAAAAUCUAAUGAGGCUUUGGUGCACAACUGCAGUGCAAUUCUGGAAAGAGAGUCCUCUGGAUGCCAUGGACCCCUGGACUCACAUUCACUGCUGGGGGAGCUCACCAGCAUGAGACCAAGAUUGCUGACCCAGAGAUGGAGAGAGGCUAAGCAGCAGACUGACACCAUGGGAACAGCGACAGCGCCACCGCUACGGCACGUCCAGAGCACCCCUUCGCUCAGGAUCACCCCAAUCCAGAUCUCCAAGAGCCACAAGUUGACCAAGACCAAGUGGUACGUGAACAGAGAUGGGGUGAGCAGUUCUGACCACUUUUGGGCUACAAAUGUUGACGGGCAGGGACAGGGGGAUUUCUGUGUGCAUGGCACUGCCCCAGACUACCGCUGUACCCGGAUGGGGGGGUACACUUCCUACCAUUGGAACGACAGUGACGUCUCGGACCAGGAGAGAGGAAACACACUGCCUGCCAGAGCCAGCGAGCCCCUGGGGAUGGACCUGAGACCUGGCAGGAUGGCGGGGUACACGGCCUACCACUCGAACGAAAGUGAUGUCUCGGACCAGGAGACAGAAAAUAACCUGCCUGCCAGAAGCAGCCAGCCCCAGGGGAUGGACCUGAGACCUGAGCCCUUUGACAGCGACCCAGACCUUUUUGGCGGAGAAGCCGCCGGGGAGGGUCUGCAUGCGUAUGCCGAGGUCUUGCCGAGGGGGCUGCAGGUAUACCCUGAGGUCCUGCCGAGGCCCUUGAAAUGGCUGAACAUGAGCCUAAGCAUAUCUUCCACUGAUGAGACAGAGGACAUGGCAUGGACAGGUGAGCACGUACAGGACCCUUCCAUCCCUGCUAUCGUCUCACGCCUGAUCGAGCUGGAAAGGCUUCAGGCCGCAACGGUGCUGAGAGAACGGGUCAGGACCGGACGAACGCGUCCUGCGACUGCAGUCCCCAUCGUGAGGUGCUGUUCGCGGCCUCGGAAACCGGACCCCUCUGACCCCCAGUCAGAGUUCUCGGGGAGAGGAGAGUGCAGGUCUGCGGUGUCCGUUUUCAUGGACGUGGCUCCUUUGGAGAGCGCCACCGUGACAAGCCACAAGACGGCGAGGAGCGUUCGCACCAAACACCGGUCCAAAGUGAGCACCCCAAAGCAACCGACUGUUCCAGUGAGCAGGCCUUGUUCUUGUCCAAAUCCUAAAACAGAGAAGCUUGUGCCUGUGCCUUCUUCAGGUUCCAUGUCAGCCCCAGUAAAAUCAACCCCUCGUGUUAAAACCAAGCCAUUAAAAACUCCAAAGAAAAAAACAUCUAGGAAAGCUCGGACUGAUUUUACAAAAGGCCACAAAAGUAAGUCCUGAUUCAAGAAACAUAACAGGAUCUUGAUCUAUUAUCAAUGUUUAAUUUAACCUGUAUAUAGUAUGUUUUUUUUUUAUAAAUAAAAAUGUCAAAACCCAA